AUGCUUGACUGUGGAAGUCACCGAACAUAUGUUUCACAAAGUUUAGCAGAUCGUUUGAACCUGGAGGUAAAUGGAGAGCAAAACAUUCAUCUUAUAACAUUUGGUAGCAGAAAUAAAAAGGUUAUACAAACAAAAUCAACGAAGAUCGAUAUUAAACUUCAAAACGGAGAGUACAUGACACUGACUGCAAAUAUUGUACCCACCAUCAUUGGAACUAUCAGUAGAAAGGCGGUUAGAUUGAAAUCACAGUCUAAGUUUGACAGUCUUACAAAGGAUCUUAUAUUAGCGGACAAUAUCCCCACCCAAAAUGAAACUGAAACACUUGAUUUACUUAUUGGUAAUGACUAUUACCUGGACAUUGUGCAGACUGAAAAAAUCGAAGUUCAGCAAGGACUCUACCUAUUAGCGACAAAAUUUGGCUGGAUGCUUUCAGGGAGAACAGAAGUUACUGAUGAAUACGAUUCUAGUGACAUGAACAUGUUGAUUCUAAACUAUGGAAAUAACGUAACGAAAACAAAUGUAUUCACAAACGCGGACAGUGUAGUUCCAACAAAACCAGAUAUCGAAGACUUUUGGAAUGUUGAAUCUAUUGGAAUAACUACUGAAAGGGAAAACACAGAUGAUCAAAUUGAGCAACAUUUCAAGGAUACACUUAAGCGCGAGGACGGGCGAUAUCUGGUUACAUGGCCAUGGAAACGAGAUAUUGAUGAAUUGCCGGAAAAUCGUGGAUUGGCAUUAGGGAGACUGAAAUCAUUAGUUACUCGAAUCGAAAGACAACCUGAACUGAAACAGCAAUACGACGAUGUAAUUCAAGACCAGCUUGCAAAGGGCGUUAUUGAAAAAGUUGACAAAUGUGCAGAGUACGGAUAUAAACAUUAUAUCCCACACCAUGUAGUUAUCACACCAACGAAAAGUACAACCAAACUUCGAGUUGUUUAUGAUGCAUCAGCGAAGACAAGAGCUCACAACAAAAGUCUGAAUGAAUGCUUAUACAGAGGCCCUGUCAAGCUACAUGACCUCUGUGGAAUUUUAAUGCGGUUUAGAUUACACAAAAUUGGUAUAGUUGCCGAUAUAGAGAAGGCAUUUCUGCAAGUGGGAUUACAACCUUUAGAAAGAGACGUUACCCGAUUUCUGUGGCUCAAGGACAUCAGUACAUCAAUCGUAAAUGAAGACAAUAUACAAGAAUUUCGCUUCGCAAGGGUGCCGUUUGGCGUAAUUUCGAGUCCAUUUCUACUGGGUGCCACUAUCGAAUGCCAUCUGGAUUCAUAUGAAAGUGAGAUUUCAGAAAAACUGAAAAAUGAUAUAUACGUGGACAAUGUUAUUACUGGAACCGAAACCGAGACUGAAGCCAUUAAGUUUUACGAAACAUCUAAAUCGAUCUUUAAAGAUGCAUCAAUGAACUUACGUGAAUGGACUACAAACAGUAAAUCCGUGAAUACUUCCAUACCUACUGAAGAUAGGUCAGGGUGUGAAAAGACAAAGGUGCUAGGACACUAUUGGAAUGUUAAAGAUGACACAUUUUCUAUCAAAGCGCCGAUCUUGUUACCUGAAACGUCACAGAUUACAAAACGAACAGUUCUAAAACAGAUAGCUUCAGUGUAUGACCCUCUAGGUCUUUUCUGUCCGAUUUUGCUUCGGGGGAAGAUACUUCUACAAUCAUUGUAG